AUGAAACUGUGUCCUCUGCUUGAGCAGUUGCUGAGAAAACACAAACUCAUAGGAACGCCUGCAAAAGCGAUAAAGAUAGAAGAAGAAACGAAAGAAAGCAUACUUAGAUCACUAAAAAGCGAUAUGUUCUUUGCUGAAAUAGAAGAGUGCGAAACAAAGGGAAUUUCUCUGUGCUAUGACGAACUAGUAGAGUACACUCUUCCAGCAGCGAGCAAAAAAAGUAGCACAGAAGAAGCAGAGCACAUCCAAAAAGAGCUAAAAGUAAUAUUUAGAGAGCUAGUGCAUUCUUCCUAUCUGUCAGUCCACGGGGAUAAGUACUAUCUCCACAUAAAGUACAAUGAAGAGCCAGACAGCGUCCUUGCAGGACCCGUGAAGGCAGCAGAAAAUGUGGAGGAUAUAAAAGAAUUUAAAAGCCGAUGGGGAAGUAAAGUAGAGCACAGAAAGUUCAACGACGGAAAAGUGAGAGUGUGUGUGUCGUUUACAGAGAAUGAGAACACAGUAAGAUACCAGCUACUGAGCAAAAUAUUCAGAAUAAAAACGGUUGAGGAUAAAAAAACAGACAAUACCGAGAGAGAAGGAAGAAUUCUCACUCCAACCGUUCCUGCAGAUGUAGUAAACCAUUCAUACAACGAAGCAAACAAGAAGAAAGCGAGCGAAGCAAUCCUCAGAGCACUGGAUUCCAUCCGAGCAACAUUCCCCAUCAGCAUACUUGAGUCGCUUUUCACAGGAAGCUACCAAAGAAAAACAAGAGCAUCGAUAGAGAACAGAACAAAAAUUUAUCUGAAAGUGGGAAGGGGCCACAGCUGGCCAAAAGACAACAAAGUGCUGUCAGAUGCAUCGAUAACAGCCUUGAACGGGGUGCUGGGUAAGUCAUUGGAAUACUUCAAUAAGACACAGGGCAUAUCUAAAGACAAUACUCUCUACAGCAAUCUGUACGGAGAAGACUUUGAAUUUAUUUUUGAUGUCGAGGGAGAGCAGAAGCUGCAGCAGGAUAAAUACUAUCUGAUGAAUUUUAGAACAGAAUACGAAAGGUUCUUCCAAGAAGUUUCAGAGAAGAACAAGGUGUUUCCAAGGCUCUGCGCGCUCAUUAAAAACCUUCUGCACGCCCAUGGAAUAUAUCCACACUAUAUAACGGAUAAAGCUGUAGAGAUAAUCUGCUACAGAACGGGCUACAAAGCAAAAACUCUUGCAGGCGGUCUGAGGGCUGUGAUCUCCACACAGUACGCACGGGGAUACACGUUAGACAUCAGACGAGGAAAGAACAAAAUACGCUCUAAAGAGACAGGAAAAAUAGAAGUAACACACAAGCUUGGAGCAUACUCUAUCAGUCUCCCAGAUGAGAAAAUAUUUAGCCAAAUGAAUGAUGUGUUUAAAAAUUCUCUGAAGCAUAUAGAAAGCAUCGCGGGAGUGACGAAAGAUGGAGAAGUUUCUCCAGUGUUCAGAGAAAUCUUUAUUCCAAGUGUGGAGAAUGUAGAUUUCUCUCUGAGCAGAGUUCCUCUCCAGGGCUACCAGGAGAUAUCGCACUACAACAAGCAGCUGGGCGGCAGUUAUGCAGGAGCAGACGACAAAAAAUGUCUUAAUUCUCUAAUCCAGAUAGGAUGCACCCCGUACUUCUGCCGGACAGGCGUACUGCAUGUGCAGGUGGGCAGGGCAGAGAAUGCAAAACUAGCCAUUGGUGCAUCGAUUCUUCUGACGGGCAUGAAGUUCAUAAAAAUAAGGAAGUAG